CUGCCAACAUGUGGAGCUCCCUGGGGCCCAUCCCAAUGCUCCUGGUGCUGGUGGUUGCUGCUGUGCAAGCAGGAGUGAAGGUGACUCCAGCUGUGAAGUACACAAAGCCAAAGCCCUCACAGCUGGUGACCUCUCACCCUCCUCUCACUGGGAAAAUCCCCUUCCCAGCAGCUCCAGGCAAAGCUGAGUUACCCACCCUGAGCCCACAGGCCACCACACUCUUCCCCUUCGAGAACUACAGUCUGGAUACAGCUGAUUUCUUCUUCAACUGCUGUGACUGCUGUCCCCCUGGCGUCGGGCCCCAGGGGCGGCCUGGGGACCAGGGACCCCCAGGUCCCAAGGGGGAGAAGGGAGAUGCUGGGCUGCCAGGGCUGCCAGGAGCCCCAGGUCCUCAAGGUCCCAAAGGUUCUAAAGGAGAAAGAGGAGGAAAAGGGGACCAAGGAGAGCGAGGAGCAAGUGGAACUCCAGGGUAUCCAGGCAAACCUGGGCUGCAAGGUGAAGCUGGAGGAAAAGGCAGUAAGGGCAACUAUGGCUUCCCUGGACUGAAGGGACAAAAGGGCUCCAAAGGGGACACUUGUGAGAAUGGGACCAAAGGAGACAAGGGGGAUAGGGGGGAGCCUGGAGACCCAGGAGUGGCUGGAGACCAGGGUGGCAAAGGGGAAAAGGGAGACAUGGGGGAGAAGGGCUACUGUGGGGAGCCAGGGGGGAGAGGAGCCAAGGGAGACAGAGGGGAAGGAGGAACAAAGGGAGAAAAGGGGAGCAAAGGGGACAUGGGGGCUGAGGGUAUUCGGGGGAUGGAUGGAAAACAGGGAGAAAAGGGUGAACAGGGAAGCAAGGGUGAUAAAGGGGACUUGGGACCUGCUGGCAUGAUGGGACCUGCUGGCCCCAAGGGUGUUGCUGGCAGCAAGGGAAGCCGAGGGGCCCCAGGGAAGAAAGGCUCCCGUGGGGCCAAGGGUGCCCGUGGGGACACGAUGAAGCUCCUGAGAUCAGCCUUCAGUGCUGGCUUGUCCAAGCCCUUCCCACCACCCAAUAUGCCCAUCAAAUUUGACAAGAUCUUGUACAAUGAGCAAGAAGAUUACAACCCUUCCACGGGGAAGUUCAACUGCAGUGUGCCUGGGGCAUAUGUCUUUGCCUACCACGUAACAGUCAGAGGGCGUCCGGCCCGUGUCAGCCUUGUGGCUCGUAGCAGGAAGGUGGCCAAAGCCAGGGAGACUCUCUAUGGCCAGGAGAUCGACCAGGCAUCCUUCCUGACCAUCCUGAAGCUGAGUGCAGGGGACCAGGUGUGGCUGGAGGUUGCACGGGACUGGAAUGGUGUCUAUGUCAGCGCGGAGGACGACAGCGUCUUCACAGGGUUUCUUCUGUAUCCAGAUGAUGUUGACAUUCUGCUAUAG